UACCAAACUAACCCAAUAUGCCAAUUUACAAACAUAUCCCAACCUAACCACGGUUAGCUCAACCCCAACCACGGUUAACUAGGCAGUAUAUAUAGGAACCUUGGCAUGCAAAUCCAUGGCGAUCAUGACAGCGCCACUGCAGAGACUGAGCUACACUAACUCAACAAAAUGAUGAUGAUGAUGAUCAGCGAUCCCCCGCGCUCGAAUCCGACCGUCCAAAUCCCGCCGUGGGAUCCCUACCUCGAGGAUCCGGCGCCCUACAUUAACUCUCCGGCGGCGGUCACCAACCACGGCGAUUUCACUCAAUACGACGUCGCUCUGGCCGCGCUGCAGCGCUACCUCCCUUCGAACAAGGACGAAUACGCCGCGGCUGCGGCGGACGGAGGCGGAGGCGGAGGCGGAGGCGGGGACGACGACGAUUUCGAUAUCCCCGUGGACGCGUACUCGUGCGACGAGUUCCGGAUGUUCGAGUUCAAGGUGAAGCGGUGCGGGCGGGCGCGGUCGCACGACUGGACGGAGUGCCCGUUCGCGCACCCGGGGGAGAAGGCGCGGCGCCGCGACCCGCGGCGGCACCACUACUCCGGCAGCGCGUGCCCGGACUUCCGCAGGGGCGCGUGCAGGAGGGGCGACGCGUGCGAGCACGCGCACGGGGUGUUCGAGUGCUGGCUCCACCCCGCGCGCUACCGCACGCAGCCGUGCAAGGACGGGACGCACUGCCGCCGCCGCGUCUGCUUCUUCGCGCACACGCCGGAACAGCUCCGGAUCCUGCCGUAUACCGCCGGCGCGGGGGACGGAUCCUCGCCGCGGUCGUCGGCGCAGUACUCGCCGCCAUCCACGCCGGCGACGGCUUCGCCGCCGGCGUCUCCGAUGAGUCAGCUCGCUGAGUCGAUGCGGGGGAUGCAGAUCAAUAAGAUGAAAUUAGGGCUCGGGAUGGGUAUGGGCAUGGGAUUGAGCAUGAGCCCGCCGAAUUGGGGCGGGGGUGGGUACGGGUCGCCGUGCAGCCCGGGUAAGAUCCUACCCGGAUUCAGGAGCCUACCCGCGACUCCGGUCCGGGCCGUGGCCCGGCGCGGGCCCAACGCCUUCGACCUGUGGGAGAGCUGGUCCGAGGAGGAGCCGGCGAUGGAGCGUGUCGAGUCGGGUCGGGCUUUGCGUGAGCGGAUCUACUCGAAGCUCGGGAAGGAGAACUCGUUGGAUCGGGUCGGGCAGGCUGACUCGGUCCCCGAUUUCGGGUGGGUUUCGGAGCUCGUUAAGUGAGCAUCGGGGUCGGGUUGGGUCGGGUGAUUAUUCGGAUCUGGCAGCCUUGUCGUUUGAUUCAAAGUUUUCCGGCUGUACAUACGCUUUCCGACUCUGUGAAUAUGGGUUUUAGGUUCGGGUCGGGUCGGUUGAAUAGGCUUAAGUGUUGAUUAAGACCUUUAUUUUAUGGUUAAUUUGGAAUUUAUCUAGGUUUUUAGGGGAAAUAUGGGAAAAUGCAAUUGCAAAUUUUGUAAUUCUGUACAUACAAAUUUGAGGUUUGCUAUGGAGGCUGCCGAUUAUUUUGGCUA